AUGGCAGAUGUUUUAGGAACGCUUGGCUUCACUCAGGACUUUGCAGAUGGUCUCGUGGAACAUGAUGAUUUUGAACUGCUGACAAAUGCCGUUCGGAAUGAGCGAAACACCCAAGACAUCUUGGAGUACAAACACGAUUUAGUAGAACGGGUGCAGCAACGCCUCGAAGAUCAGAUUGCGAGGGUGGAGAGUUGGAAGGAAGCCAGCAAAAGCAAUAGACUGCCCGAGGACGACGUGGAUUUGUCGGUGCCCAUCCUCUGCUGCACGCUUAACAUCAACCGAUUCAGGUUUCUACUCAAAGCCUAUUGGCGUGCAAGACUACAGAAAAUUGAGCGCUUUGCAACCCUUAUCCUUGAUAACAACGAGCUGCAGCGAAACUGCUCUCCAAAAGAACUCAACCACUGCCUGCAGUACUUUGUGGCGGUGGGCAAGUGCCUCAAAGAGGUGGUGCUGGCUCGCCUGCCUGAGGAGUUCCAGACGUUGGUUCAGGAGUCCCAGCUCACCGACACGCGCGAUAUGAUUCCCACGCCGCGUCUUGACCGCUGCGUCUUCGUGAAGCUGCUCAAGGACGCCGGGCAUGUCGCAGUGGAUGCGGAGGGUCAACAGCUGGUGGACAUGAAAGCCGGUGACAUUUAUAUCAUCCAGUAUAAUCUCGUUCAGCGCCUCGUCCAGCAGGAUAUUGCCGUUCUUAUCUAG